AUGUGGAAGACUCGCUCGGUGUCCGGAAUAUCAGCUCGUUCACAAAUUUUAUUCGCGAUAGUAUUCACUGCCAGAUAUCUGGAUCUGUUUACGACGUUCAUCUCCUACUAUAACACUGUUAUGAAGGUCUUUUUCAUAAUCUCUUCAUAUGGAACGCUGUACCUUAUGUUGGUCAAAUUUCGUCCAACAUACGAAAAGGAAUCCGACAGUUUUCGCGUUGAACUAUUGUUAAUACCGUGUGUUCUGCUUUCGCUUCUUAUCAAUCACGAAUUUUCAACGAUGGAAAUUCUGUGGACUUUCAGCAUAUAUCUGGAAGCUGUAGCCAUAAUGCCGCAAUUAUUCAUGUUGCAAGCCACUGGGUCAGCCGAAACUAUCACUGCUCAUUAUCUGUUUGCGCUUGGAAUGUACCGCGCAUUAUACAUUCUGAAUUGGAUUUACAGGAAUGAAUGA